AUAGGUUUUAUACUACACGCUCUCUCCGCUUUAGGAGUGAUCUAGCUUAGGGCAUCCAAGCAGCGGCGAUGAGCGCCAUGGACAAGGGCGCCACGGCGAUGAAUGUGGACGAGCAGCCACAUGUCCAGCACGGACCAUCGCUCGUGGAGCAGCUCCAGCACUGUGGCAUUUCCGCGGUGGAUGUCAAGAAGCUCCGAGAGGCAGGGUUUUGUACCGUCGAAGCGGUGGCUUAUUCGCCCAAGAAGGAGCUGCUCAAGAUCAAAGGCAUAAGCGAGGCUAAGGUCGACAAGAUCACUGAAGCGGCGACCAAGCUUGUUCCGAUGGGAUUCACAAGUGCGGCACAAAUGCACGAGCAGCGAUCCGAGAUCAUCCAAAUAACAUCGGGGUCCAAAGAACUCGAUAAGAUCCUGGAAGGGGGCAUUGAGACGGGCUCCAUAACGGAGAUCUAUGGAGAGUUUCGGACUGGAAAGACCCAGUUGUGUCACACGCUUUGUGUAACAUGUCAGCUGCCAUUAGAUCAAGGAGGCGGUGAAGGCAAAGCGUUGUACAUAGAUGCCGAAGGAACGUUCAGGCCACAGAGAUUGUUGCAAAUCGCCGAGAGAUAUGGGCUGAAUGGAGCAGAUGUUUUGGACAAUAUUGCCUACGCGAGAGCAUACAACACUGAUCAUCAAUCACAGCUUCUGUUGGAGGCGGCGUCUAUGAUGGCUGAAUCGAGGUUUGCGUUGAUGAUAGUAGACAGCGCGACUGCUCUGUAUCGGACCGAUUUUUCGGGACGCGGUGAACUAUCUGCGAGACAAAUGCACCUUGCUAGAUUCUUAAGAAGCCUACAGAAACUGGCAGACGAGUUUGGAGUGGCGGUGGUCCUGACUAACCAAGUUGUGGCACAAGUCGACGGGUCUGCCGUUUUCGCUGGUCCGCAAGUCAAGCCCAUCGGGGGCAACAUAAUCGCCCAUGCCUCCACGACAAGACUGGCAUUGCGGAAGGGACGAGGGGAGGAACGGAUAUGCAAGAUCGUUUGCUCGCCAUGCCUAGCAGAGCAAGAAGCUCGUUUCCAGAUCUCUGGCGACGGCAUCAUUGAUGUCACAGAUUAAUGCUCCACAAGCAGAGAGCCAGCUUCAUAAGCUGCUAAACGAACGUGGUGCUCGAGCACCACGCUAAGUAUUUGUUUAUGUGCUCCAAUUUGAAUAUAAAUAGGCUCCAUGGCUCUUGCACAAGCA